AUGGUCGAGUCCGAAGGCCGCGCUGCCCCGCCCAGGGCCAAGCUCCCGCCGUUGAGCCCUUCACUGACGCGCCACUCGGACGGCUUCCCGUCCACCUCGUCGCUCGGCCACGUUCAGCGCUCGCCUCCCCAGCUCCAUGCGCCGCCGUCCAAGCUGCCACCACCCAUGCCCACUCGCCUCCACUCCUACCACCACCCCAUCUCCGCCUCCUACGCAUCGUCCAACUCUUCCCUCCACGAUCGCAACCGACAGCCUCCACCCCCGCUCUGGCACGAGCAUCGCUCGCCCCCGCUCGAACAUCGCUCGUCUGACUUUUCGCGUCAUCUGCCACCCCUCUCCUCCUCCUCGUCCUCCUCCAACUCUGCCACAUCCGCACUGCCAUCCUCGGCCUCCACCAACGCUUUUCAGCUGCCCUCCCUCUCGGCCAGUCUGCCUUCCUCCACCAGCUGGCACGGCCGCGAAGCACAACGCGCUCCAUCCCUCCACGCCACCUCGUUUCGCACAUCCAGGGAUCCCUCCGCCGCCAACCUCGACUCGCGAAAAGAUACCAAGCUGCCGUCGCUCUCGGGUCAUUUCGGCGACCAGCAUGCGCCACGUCCUCCUGCCUCGGAUGCCGCAAGCGCCGGCCUCGUCUCGCCCAGCGCCGAAGAGCCUUCGCCAGCGGCACGCAAGCCCGCCAAGGCGCACGUUCCCUCGGCCUGCCUCAACUGCAAGCGUGCUCAUCUGGCCUGCGACGUGGGCAGGCCGUGCCGCCGCUGCAUCAACCUCGGCAAGAGCGACACCUGCAUCGACGUCCAACACAAGAAGCGCGACGCAAAGAGCGACGUCUCCGGCUCGCCCGCCUCGGCGUCCUACGCGCGCCAGUCGCCCGGCUCCGAGUCGGGCUACUUUCGCUCACCCACACGCACCUCGGAGCUGCUCUCGCCUCCGCUCCUCUCGUCGUCGGCGGCGGUGAUGCACGUCUCGGGCGCCACCCACGGCUCGUCGAUGCAUCCACGCAGCGCCUCCAACUCGGUCUCGGCGUCCAGCUAUCCCUUUUCGCGCCCCGACCAUCUGCGCCGUCCCACCGAUACGGCCAGCCACGCCGUCAGCCACGCCGCAUCCUCGUGGUCGUAUCAGCCCGCAUCGCACGCAGCGCGCGAUACGCCCGCACACACCUUGUCGCCGCCACUCAUGGGUGCGCGCCAACACUCGCACUCGCUCUCGUACGAACACCACUAUCCAUACUACCAUCCUCAGCACGCGCAGCAGCACCAGCAGCAGCACCAGCAGCAGCACUCGCAACCGUCGGCUCACGGCCACGCGCAUCACGCGUCGGCUUCGUCGAGCGGCAUGUAUCACGCAGGAGCGGGCACGGACGCCUCGGAUGCGGGUUUCUCCGCAGUGGUAACGAUGAUCUGCUCGACCAACCUGCAAUGCGCGCGCAUCUCGGACGAGGUGACAGCGCUGCUCGGAUACCAGCCGAGCGAGCUCAACGAGCGCUCGCUGUUUGAGCUCGUGCAUCCGUCCGAGACGAGCCGAUUGCAGGAGAUCUGGACGUCGCUCAUUGAUCCGGUGGGCGUGGUGCCGCAGGCGGUGCCUGCGGCGGCCGAGGUGGUAAUGAGCACGCCCGCGGCUCGGCUCAUGACGCCGGCGGCAGGCACGAUCUUUGUGCAGGAGAACAUGCGUCUGCGUCAGCGCAACGGCAUGUACGACUUCUACAGCGUGCGGCUGCAUCUGGGCGGCGGCUUUGGCGUGGAUCUCUACCGACGCGACACGCUCGACCGCGCCUACAUUGUGGCGAGCCUGCUCAAGCUCGGCAACGAUGCGGUGCAUCCUGAACCGGCGCUGCUUCGCUCGCCGUACUCGAACGACGCGGCGCAGUCCGGAGGCUUCCGCACUCCUUCUGCGGGUGCAGCACCGGCGCAGAGCCGCGCCGGCACGGGCCGAUGGGAGGCGGACGAGGCGGCAUCCAUGCGUGCACCUCCGCACACGGCCCAGUCGCCCGACGCUCGCGAUGCCAAGCAUGCCGACGAGCCCGCACAUCAAGCAUCAGACAGCGCCAGCCGCGGCGUCAAGCGAAGCAGUGCCGACAUGGACGAGGACGAGCCCGAUUCGUCCUCACAGACUGCCCCUCCACCGAGCGCACCGGCCUCGAACGGAGCGGCAGCAUCGUCGGCAUACGGCUCGUCCAAGCACGCAGUCUACUCGCCGCCGCCCGCCAUGCGCUCCAUGCUGUCGGAACGCUCGCGCGGCACGAGCCGUGAUGGAAUCUUAUGUUGA